CAUCCUUGUCCGGAAGACCAACCCUAGUCGUGCAGGAACGUGAUAGAGUUGACUAUUGAUGGUGCCGAUACUUCGAGGGAAGAGAAUGAUUACUGGCAGAUAUACACCUUGACCAACCCUUGAUAUAUCUCUACUGCUGGUAACAGCAUCACUGUUGUCCUUCGUUGACGAAAGCAUUGACAAUCUCUGUUCCAAGAUGGCCAACUCUGACAAUGCGAGCCGAUUUUCUCCCAUCACACCCGAUGACCAUGGAGGCUCUGUUUGGAUAGCUGCCUCCCUAUGCCUCAUCUACUCGGUCAUUACUUUUGGGCUGAGAGCACACUUACGACGAAAGACGCAUGGGCUGGAUGACUACCUGGCUUUUGCAGCUACAGUCAUCCAGCUUGGAGAGGUCACAGCGAUCAUGGUCGGACUCCACCAUGGACUGGGCCAAACGCAAGACUUACUUCGUCAAAGUGAAGUAGAACAGGCCAGCCGAGCUGCUUUCGCGGGCGAAAUCAUGUUCCUCCUGGCCCUUGCGGCUGCUAAAGCCUCUACUUUGUAUCUGAUGAUGAGGCUUUUCAAUUUGAAUGGCCCGAAAGCGACCUUUGAAGGACAGUCAAAAAUAUUCUACUGGUGUACCCUUGGGUUCCUCACAGCCGUAGGCUUAUGGGGCAUUCUCUCGGUGGUAGCAAUAUCUGUCGACUGCUCGAUUGCCGACUUUAUCAGAGGCAAUGCGUCUCAGUGUUCACACCAGUUCUUGCGGUGGCAGCUCAUCACAGCCUUCGAUGUAGCGACUGAAUGCCUUUUGAUCCUCCUCGCCAUUGCGAUCGUUGUACCUGUACACAUUUCCUUUGCACUAAAAUGUCAGGUGGUUUUCGCCUUUUCCUUUCGUUUGCCCCUGGUCGCACUCUCAAUCCUCCACCUCAAGUACAUCUCCGACUACACCACGUCCCGCAAUCCUGGGCUUGCCCUCGUAUAUGCGCUUGUUCUGCAGCAAGUCCAACUCUGCUGGUCGCUGAUAUCGGCAACGGUACCAAAUCUCAAGUCGUUUGUCAAGAGUUUCAGCAGCGGCUUCGGCAUCCAGCUGGAUCCUUCGAGCACACAAGAAUAUGGCUCAGGUGGUCGCUCUCAUCGGCCGUCCGGGUACGAACUCGGUUCCGUUGGCAAAGGCAAUUCGCAAAACCGUUCGGCCGAUCGCUCUACUCGUGACGCUGCUGGGGAACAGGCACCUUUUGCACAAGACAUGCACCAUGGUAGCAAAACGAGGGACCAAGAGUCGAUUGAAAGGACAGGUAGUCAAGAUCAUAUAAUCCGAAAGGAUGUUCAGUGGAACAUUCGCUAUGAGACGAAUGCAGACAGGAAUUAGAUGGAUUGGGUCUGUAUCAGGGGUGCUGACCCCGUGGCCUCAGGAAUGAUUGUGGGUUUUCGGCGUCUGAAAGAGCAAGGAUAACAUUUUGAUUGGAGGUAUACAUUGCAAUAUGAUUGUCAUGAACUGGAAUAUGACUAUGCAAGAGCGAAAGGCGAAUCAAGGAUAGAUUUGGAAGAUUUGGGGCAAAGCCGACCGUGGACCAUGUUGGUAUAGGGAAAACUUGAGCUCUACAAGGUAUCAUUUGGUGGUUGUGAUUUGUUUGGUUGUUAUGUCGUUGGUGUUGAG